AUGGUGGCCGGGGCGGAUGUGGGCGGCGGCGGGAGCAGCAAUGGGAGCGGGGUGGUGGAGAUCGACGAGGACCUGCACAGCAGACAGCUCGCUGUGUACGGAAGGGAGACGAUGCGGCAGCUCUUUGCCUCCAACGUCCUCAUCUCCGGCCUUAACGGGCUAGGGGCCGAGAUCGCAAAGAAUCUUGCUCUGGCUGGUGUUAAAUCUGUCACCCUACAUGAUAUCGGAAAUGUGGAAAUGUGGGACCUAUCAAGCAAUUUCUUUCUGUCUGAGGAUGACAUCGGGAAGAACAGGGCUGUUGCUUGUGUUGCAAAGCUUCAAGAACUUAACAAUGCUGUGGUUGUUUUCACUGACAUUAGUUUGGACAAGGCGUUUGAGUUCGAUGAUUAUUGUCGUAACCACCAGCCUCCAAUUUCCUUUAUCGAGACAGAAGUCUGUGGUCUUUUUGGUAGUGUGUUUUGUGAUUUUGGGCCUGAAUUCACUGUUCUUGAUGUCGAUGGUGAAGAUCCACGGACUGGCAUAAUUGCAUCCAUCACCAUCAGCACUGACAGUGACAAUCAUACGAUAGUGUCCUGUGUUGAUGAUGAGCGCCUUGAUUUUAAGGAUGGUGAUCUUGUUGUUUUCUCAGAGGUCCAGGGUAUGACAGAACUCAAUGAUGGCAAGCCAAGGACAGUAAUGUGCGCAGGACCAUUUUCCUUUUGCAUUGAGGAUACAAGUAACUUUGGCACUUAUACAAAAGGUGGAAUUGUUACACAGGUGAAAGAACGGAAGAUCUUAAAGUUUAAGACUUUGGAUAAAUUUAGGAAAGAGUUUGGACGCUUCCCUGGUGUUGCUUGUGGUCUGGAUGCCCAAAGGUUUGUGGAGUUCACUACUUCUAUCAAUGAAGCCACAAUUGAUUACAAGAUAGAAGGCGAGCUUGAUGAGAAUUUGUUGCGGCUUUUUGCGAGUGGUUCUAAAGUUGUCCUGAACCCAAUGGCUACUAUGUUUGGUGGAAUUGUCGGUCAAGAAGUUGUGAAGGCAUGUUCUGGGAAGUUUCAUCCGCUGUACCAGUUCUUCUACUUCGAUUCGGUCGAAUCUCUGCCAACUCACCAAUUGGACCCUAAAGACUUGAAGCCAUUGAGUAGUCGCUAUGAUGCUCAGAUUUCUGUUUUUGGCUCUAAGCUUCAGAAAAAACUGCGGGAUGCCAAUCCUAAAUCUACAGUAGCUGCCACAGCUGCUAGUGCUAUCAAUUCCUGCCUGCACAUUGAUGCUCUCCAGAACCGUGCCUGUCUAGAGACCGAGCAUGUGUUCCAUGAUGCAUUCUGGGAGGGCCUUGAUGUUGUCAUUAAUGCACUCAAUAAUGUUAAUGCUAGGAUGUACAUGGACAUGAGAUGUUUGUACUUCCAGAAACCACUCCUGGAAUCUGGAACACUGGGUGAUGCUCAGGCCAGGGAGUUGCUUGAUCGCGUAUGUGAAUGCCUUGAGAAGGAGCGCUGUGAAACAUUUAACGAUUGCAUAAUGUGGGCAAGACUGAAACUGAAAUUUGAAGAUUACUUCUCCAAUCGUGUGAAGCAGCUAACAUUCACGUUUCCUGAAGAUGUUGCCACUAGCAUGGGAGCCCCUUUCUGGGCAGUGUCUUUUGGAAUCUCUAUACCUGAUUGGGCAAAGGACACUGAUAAUCUGACUGAUGCAGUCAGUAAAGUUGCAGUACCUGAAUUUAAGCCAAAGAGCGGGGUGAAGGUUGAGACAGAUGAGAAGACCAAAAACAUCUCCAGUGCCUCAGUUGACGAUGCUGCUGUUAUCGAAGAUCUUUUAACCAAGCUGGAAGCAUGUGCCAAGAAACUACCUCCGAGAUUCCAAAUGAAACCUAUUCAGUUUGAGAAGGAAGGAUCAUCCCAGCCAUUGCAACUUCAACUGCCAUGGCCCAUGGCCACAGGACUUGUGUGCCUUGAGCUUUACAAGGUUCUGGCCAGAGGGCACCCAAUUGAAGACUACCACAAUACAUUUGCUAACCUGGCCCUACCGAUGCUCACCGUAUCUGAACCUGUUCCCCCCACUGUGAUCAAGCAUCGAGAUAUGAGGUGGACCGUAUGGGAUCGGUGGUCUAUCAAGGGAGACAUCACAGUUGCAGAGCUCCUGAAGUGGUUAAGCGACAAGGGCCUGAGUGCAUACAGUGUCUCCUGCGGCACAUCGUUGCUCUACAACACAAUGUUCCCAAGGCACAAGGAUCGACUGAGCAGGAAGAUUGCAGAUGUUGCCAAGGAGGUGGCAAAGGUGGACAUUCCAGAAUACAGGAAGCAUCUGGAUGUCGUCGUUGCUUGUGAGGAUGACAACGGGAACGAUUUUGACAUCCCUCUUAUCUCCAUUUACUUCCGGUAG